GGUAGGGAGGGGGCUAUGGCUCGGCCUGACCCGGCCGCUCCGCCCUCGUUGCUGCUGCUGCUCCUGGCGCAGCUGGCGGGCCGGGCGGCGGCUGCCUCCAAGGCCCCCGUGUGCCAGGAAAUCACAGUGCCCAUGUGCCGAGGCAUCGGCUACAACCUGACGCACAUGCCCAACCAGUUCAACCACGACACGCAGGACGAGGCUGGCCUGGAGGUGCACCAGUUCUGGCCGCUGGUGGAGAUCCACUGCUCGCCGGACCUGCGCUUCUUCCUGUGCUCCAUGUACACGCCCAUCUGCCUGCCGGACUACCACAAGCCGCUGCCGCCCUGCCGCUCGGUGUGCGAGCGCGCCAAGGCCGGCUGCUCGCCGCUCAUGCGGCAGUACGGCUUCGCCUGGCCGGAGCGCAUGAGCUGCGACCGCCUCCCGGUGCUGGGCCGCGACGCCGAGGUCCUGUGCAUGGAUUACAACCGCAGCGAGGCCACCACGGUGCCCCCCAGGCCCUUCCCGGCCAAACCCACCCUCCCAGGCCCAGCAGGGGCCCCGGCCUCGGGGGGCGAGUGCGCCGCCGGGGGCCCGUCGGUGUGCAAGUGCCGCGAGCCCUUCGUGCCCAUUCUGAAGGAGUCGCACCCACUCUACAACAAGGUGCGCACGGGCCAGGUGCCCAACUGCGCGGUGCCCUGCUACCAGCCCUCCUUCAGCCCCGACGAGCGCACGUUCGCCACCUUCUGGAUUGGCCUGUGGUCUGUGCUGUGCUUCAUCUCCACCUCCACCACGGUGGCCACCUUCCUAAUAGACAUGGAACGCUUCCGCUACCCUGAGCGCCCCAUCAUCUUCCUGUCUGCCUGCUACUUGUGCGUGUCGCUGGGCUUCCUGGUGCGCCUGGUGGUGGGCCAUGCCAGCGUCGCCUGCAGCCGCGAGCAUAGUCACAUUCACUACGAGACAACAGGCCCUGCGCUGUGCACUGUCGUCUUCCUGCUGGUCUACUUCUUUGGGAUGGCCAGCUCCAUCUGGUGGGUCAUCCUGUCGCUCACCUGGUUCUUGGCAGCUGGCAUGAAGUGGGGCAACGAGGCCAUCGCCGGCUACGCACAGUACUUCCACCUGGCCGCGUGGCUCAUCCCCAGCGUCAAGUCCAUCACGGCGCUGGCGCUGAGCUCGGUGGACGGGGACCCGGUGGCCGGCAUCUGCUACGUGGGCAACCAGAACCUGAACUCGCUCCGCGGCUUCGUGCUGGGCCCGCUGGUGCUCUAUCUGCUGGUGGGCACCCUCUUCCUCCUGGCGGGCUUCGUGUCGCUCUUCCGCAUCCGCAGCGUCAUCAAGCAGGGCGGCACCAAGACGGACAAGCUGGAGAAGCUGAUGAUCCGCAUCGGCAUCUUCACGCUGCUCUACACGGUGCCGGCCAGCAUCGUGGUGGCCUGCUACCUGUACGAGCAGCACUAUCGCGAGAGCUGGGAGGCGGCGCUCACCUGCGCGUGCCCGGGCCCCGACGCCGGCCAGCCGCGCGCCAAGCCGGAGUACUGGGUGCUCAUGCUCAAGUACUUCAUGUGCCUCGUGGUGGGCAUCACGUCGGGCGUCUGGAUUUGGUCCGGCAAGACUGUGGAGUCGUGGCGGCGCUUCACGAGCCGGUGCUGCUGCCGCCCGCGGCGGGGCCACAAGAGCGGCGGCGCCACCGCUGCCGGGGACUAUGACGCGAGCGCCGCGCUCACCGGCAGGACCGGGCCGCCGGGCCCUCCCACAGCCGCCGCCGCGGCCGCCGCCUACCACAAGCAGGUGUCCCUGUCGCACGUGUAG